AUGGAGUCCAGUGAAGAUUCGAGGACGGCUAAGAAUAGGGACAGCGCCGUUCCUUCAGCCGCUGAAGCGUUCCCUACGACGUUGCCCUCAGUCCAGCCUGAAUCGUCGGCUCAAGUCUCCGCACAUGAAGUGGAAGAUGGCCACUAUCUACAACGCCAGGACGGCAUGUCUAGACCAGGAGCUUUCCGCGAAACUCAAGGGUCCGCGCUGUCGGAGGCACCAUUAGAAAAGGCGUUCAGGAGACCUGAUGAGCCCGUCGGUACCAGAGGCAACUUGGACUCUCUAGUGUCAACGGUAGAAGAGCAGCCCUCGGUGCAACCAUUGAGUGUCAAGCAUGCAAGCUCCGCUGAGAUAGCCGAUGCUGUUUCAGCUGCCGCGGCAACCACGUCUGCGGUCGACUUGGUAAUCUCGGAUCAAAGCUCCACUCAAGCGGUAGAGAUUAUACCAUCCGACAAGUACCAACGAGCCUUGCUGGAUCCGAGCGUUCCCUCAAACGCAGCAAGUCCAUCACUGUCCGGAACGAGAGCGUCCGCUCUCUUGCCUCCAGGAGGGAUCCCGCGUCAGAGUUCAGGCACGCGAUUACCCGCGAAGGAUAGCGAAGGCCUUCAUGCUUCGGCCAGAGUCACGAAGACGUCGAACCGGACGAAACCGCAUGGCGAUGUAUCCGAAUACAGCCGCUUGCAAACUGCAGCAUCGACGUCUGCUGCAUCUAGGCCUCCAGAAUCGAGAUCGCCUUCAUCGUGGUCCCCUACAUCGGUAUCACCCGACACGUCCAAUUCGUCGGUGCAGUGCGACAAUCCGACCUACGCGGACCUUACUUCGGGCCACUCAACGAAAGCCGAAGGUCGCUUGGCUCCCGAGGGCAACGUAAUUCGCCACCUCGCGCAGCCUCUGAGCAAAGCCGAGCGUAGUUCCGGCCGAUCGCUCCGCGAGCAAAAGCUGAAGUCCAGGAAGCUGAGCUCCGUCCGUGGAAUGGAAACCUCAUCUGUUACACCGGGAGAGCCUGGUGGCCGCGCUAAGACGCGGCUGAUCAAGGCCGCCCAAACAACUGGAGAUGCCCACAACAAAGAAAAGAAGGAGGUAGUCGCGACGCCGACUGGACCAUGGAAGGCUUCUCCCUCUCCACCUUUUCCCUCUCAAGAUCAGGCAUCCAAGGAGCUGCUCGGGCAGGGAACAACAGCUGCAGCUUCCAGCCAGUCCGUAGCAACGUUACCGUCUACUUCACCGGAAGGGUCACGUGAUCCUGCCCUGCUGCUUGGAGAGAAUCGCCGAGAUCACAAGAAAUGGCAGCCGGAAAUGGUUGUGAAUUAUGGACAACCUCAGAAGGAAACCCAGAGCCCGAGAUCCCAGGCCGUAAACGAGCUGCGCCCUUCGGCGAGCGUAGGAGGUGUUCAGAGUGUGAGCAGUCGCACAAGUGGUCCGGGCUCCGCAGCAUCACCAGACAAGUUGCUGUUCGACCCGCACCAGUCUCAGUUGGUGCUGAGCGUGAAACCCCUGAGCCCAAAAUCAGGGAGCACGCCCAGGCCGGCCAAGGCUAGGCGGCGGUUUCAACGAAUGAAGAAGAUGUCCUGGCCCUUCACAGAACUCAGGAAGUUCAGGCUGAAUAGCGUGAGUGCUUCGUUCCAUCACCGACAGAUCUGA